AUGAGUACAUCGGACACAUUCAAGCCAGCAACGCGUUCGUCUCAGUUGCUCAAAGUACGGACAUGCGCAUGCGCAAACAUAUCCUGUUCCGCACUUUUGACACUUUUGACUCAUCAAACUCUUCUUCUCCCCCCCCCACCUCCUACAUCUCCUCUUUUUCUUCUUCCUUCUUCUUCUUCUUCUAAUUCUUCUUCUUCUUACUUUUUCUUUUUUCUCUUCUUUUUCUUCUUCUUACUUUUUCUUCUUUCUUUUACUUCUUUCUUAUUUUUUCUUCUUCUUUUUUCUUCUUAUUUUUUUCUCCUUCUUUUCCUUCUUCUUUCUUCUUUUUACUUUUUGUUUUUCUUCUUUCUUUUUCUUUCUUACUCCUUCUUUUUCUUUUUCUUUCUUCUUUCUUUUUCUUCUUCUUUCCCCUCCUCCUCCUCUUCUUCCUUCUUCCUUCUUCUUCUUACUUUUUCUUCUUUCUUUUUCUUAAUCCUUCUUCUUCCUUCUUCGUCUUCUUUCUUUUUCUUCUUCUUUCCUCUUCCUCCUCCUCUUCUCCUUCUUCUUACUUUUUCUUUUUCUUCUUUCUUUUUCUUUCUUACUCCUUCUUCUUCCUUCUUCGUCUCCUUUCUUUUUUCUUCUUUCCUCUUCCUCCUCCUCCUCUUCUUCUUCUUCUUCUUCCUUCUUUUUCUUCUUCUUUCUUCCGCCUGUUCUUACUCCUUCUUCUUCUUCUUUGUCUUCUUUCUUUUUCUUCUUCCUUCCUGUUCCUCCUCCUCCUCCUCCUCUUCUUCUUCUUCUUCUUCUUUGUCUUCUUCUUUCCCCCUCCUACUUCUCCUCCCCUUCUUCUUUUUCUUCCUUUGCUUGUUUUAUUUUAUUCCUUUCAUCAUUUCGGACCCCCUGUUUUCUUUCGUGUCUCAUAUUUUUAUUGCUGCUUUAGAAAUUCGGUGUUUUGUUUUGUACUUUUUUUUCUUCUUUUUCUACUUCUUCUUCUCCUCCUCCUCCCCUUCUUUUUCCUCUUCUCCCCCUCCUCCAUCUUAUUCUCCUCCUCCUCCACCUCUUUUUUUUCUUCUCCUCUUCCCCUUCUUUCUCUUCUUCUCCUCCUUCCCUUCUUUCUCUUUUUCUCAUCCUCGCCUUUUUUUAGUCUGCUUCUCCUCCUACUCCUCAUCUUCUUCUUGUUCUACUUCUCGUCCUCCUCCUCCUUCUUAUUCGUUUUCUUCUUCUCCUCCUUCUUCUCCCCUUUUUUCUUCUGCUUCUCCUCCCACUCUUCUUCUUCUUCUCCUUCUCCACUUCUUUAUCUUCUACUUCUCUUCCUCCUCCUCCUUCUUUUUCUUCUCCUCCUCCUUCUCCCCUUUUUCUUCUGCUUCUCCUCCCACUCUUCUUCUUCUUCUUCUUCCCAACAUCUCUGUUUCCUCUUCUUUCACCCUUCUGUUUCAACCAUUGUCCACUUACCACGGACACAAUGAGUGUGUUUUUUUCUUUUCCCGCCAGACUUUCACAACAUACAAAUAG